CGGCACCAUCGCCCCCGGCCACCUCCCCCCGGCCGCCUCCCCCCCGGCUGCCUCCCCCACGGCCACCAUGGAGUCCAGCAACGAGGAUGGAGAUGACGACAAAACUCGCUGGUGGUGUAAGAUGAAGCCGGCGAUGUGGUACCUGAUGAUGAUUGUGGUGGGGUUCUUCUACGUGUACCUCACCGCCAUCCAGUACAUCCGAGGGCAGGAAGUGAGGGAACCACCUAGCAACUACCUGCCGCAGUAUGACCCCCAGUAUUACGACGAAAGUCUCAUCAGUUCGUCGUCGAGCUUGGAGUUCAACUACCACGACUACGUCUCCAUGACGGCGUUCCUGAGAUCGAUGAGCGCUACCUAUCCCAACCUGACGGCGCUCUACUCCAUAGGGAAAUCGAUCCAAGGUAGAGACCUGUGGGUGAUGGUGGUGUCGUCGUCCCCUUACGAUCACAUCGUCGGCCAACCGAACGUGAAGUACGUCGCCAAUAUGCACGGGAACGAGGCCAUCGGGAGGGAGAUGCUGCUCCACUUGAUAGAGUACUUAGCGAAGAACUACGCGACGGAUGAAUACAUUCGGUGGCUGCUGGACAACACCCGCAUCCACAUCAUGCCCUCUAUGAAUCCGGAUGGUUUCGAAGUGGCUCGCGAGGGCACGUGCCAGGGAGGUCAAGGAAGGUACAACGCCCGAGGCUUCGACCUGAACCGAAACUUCCCGGACUACUUCAAGCAGAACAACAAGAGGAACCAGCCGGAGACGGAGGCCGUGAAGCAGUGGGUCUCCAUCCAGUUCGUCCUCUCCGCCAACCUCCACGGAGGGGCCCUGGUCGCUUCGUACCCCUUCGAUAAUUCGCCCAAUACGAUGGACUGCAACCUGAAGCCUCUGUGUGCAGUCUUCCAGCAGUUCACGUCCACCCCCUCCCUCACCCCCGACGACGACGUCUUUAAGCAUCUGGCAGGAAUGUAUGCCUUCAAUCAUGCCACGAUGCACCUGGGACUCCCGUGCAAGCCUGGAGCGCCCACCUUCCAGAACGGGACGACCAAUGGAGCUGCUUGGUAUCCUCUAACAGGUGGAAUGCAGGAUUACAAUUAUGUCUGGCAUGGUUGCAUGGAUAUAACAAUUGAACUUUCUUGCUGCAAGUAUCCACCAGCAGAUGAGCUUUCCAAAUUCUGGGAAGAUAACAAAAAGGCACUAGUUCGGUACUUGGGUGAAGUCCACCGUGGUGUUCGUGGUUUUGUAAAAGAUGAGGAAAACCACCCCAUUGAAGGUGCUUCUAUUAAAAUAAAGAGCAGAGACGUUGGCUUCCAGACAACCAAACAUGGAGAAUACUGGCGUAUUCUUCUGCCAGGAGUUUAUACAUUAGAGAUAUAUGCAGAAGGCUUCCAGCCUCAUGAAGAAGAGUUUGUUGUGGUAGAAUCCAAUCCUACUUUGUUGAACCUUACACUAUACCGUACGCCUCUGGGACCAGAUGUACUACCUUCACGCAACCAGCAGCGGCCUCCUCCUUCUGCAGCAGGGAAUCGAAAUGACUUCAUCCCAAGACCAUAUAUUGGUGGACCAAAUCAACAACAGGGAGCAGCACCCAACAGCCAAGGAGGCAUCACAGGAUUCCUCUCCUCUCUGUCAGACAGAAUAUCUGGUGUCUUUAGUAUAUUUGGUUGACAUUUCUAAGGGCCCUUAUACUCAAAUCUGUGAAAUUUAUUUAUAAGCUAAUUCACUUAUGUAAACCAGCUCUUCAGAGUAUUUGAAAAAUAGUCCAGUAGUCAUAGAACAGUCAUGUGAAACAAAAGCAGAAGAACCCCUUUGCACAAAAUCUUUUUAGGAUUGUAUAGUAUAAUUCAGUACUGUAAAAUAAGUUACUUAGAUAACUAACUUCCCAACUGGGAAAAACUAUGCCGUGAUGUUAGUAGGUACAGUACAGUAUAAAGUAGAAAUUUGUGGCAUUAGGCUGGGAUUUUAUGUAGGUAUCCGAGAUGUUAAGAUUUUAUGAGUAAAAUCGUAUCUGAGAAGCCUUCAUAUAUGUAGUUACCUGAUAGAAUAAAUACAGGUAUGUUUGAGAGUUUUGUUAUUUAUUUUAAUAUUAAGCUUAACAAUUUUUCAUGAACUUAGUUGGAGUAUAGUAGUAAGAAUGAAUUCUUGAGACAAUUGUAUGCACAGUUUUACCACAGCUGGAUAAGUAAGAGUUGUUUUUAUCAUGAACUUACCUCAUGAAACCACUCCAACCUUGUUAUGGAAAUAUUCUUACUUGUCCAUGAUACUACUCAUGGUUUCCCAAUACCUUGUCUGCUAUGCACACAUUGUUAGAGUCUUAAAUAUUACUAGGUUUAGAAUAGAACAAAAAUAGGCUGGGAACACUAGAACUUCAAUGCAUGUAAUGGAACUAGCAUUUAGCAGGGAAAAUGUUGAGGUUGGAUUGAAUCAGGAUUGAAAUAAUGCAGAAAUUAAUUUUGAUGGAUUUAGGUUUAAAUAAAUAGGAGAACAGCUUGUAACGAGGUAUAUAUAUAUGAAAAACUGAAUUUUCAAAAAUGAAAGUGUUGCUAACACCGGGUGUGAAAAGGUUUGAAUAUCAUACAGUGAGUAACUUGUUAAAGAUCUUGGUAUCUUAGAGGUAGCAAGUUCAGCUAUAGUCCUGGCAAAUUAGAUGAAAAAAGGUCAAAUAAGGGGAACUUUUUUUUUAUAUGUAUAUAUAUAUUUAGCAGAAAUACACUACAAGGGUCAUAACACAAAGAUCUCGAGUUCCCCUCCAUAAGGUGGGUGAAUCCUCUUUUUGGGAGGGGAGAAAACCCCAUUUGAAUAGUAGCCUUCCACAUAUUUACCAAUUUUUCUCUAAAACGGUGCGCCAUACAGGUAAAGGGUACAGGGACCAGAAAAAUAAAGUUAAAUUUGGCACAAGUUCACCUCUGUCUUUUUGCUCUAAAUGUUAUACGUAGUUUCAAAGUUAAAAUACAGUACUACUAUAGAUCACAUUUCAGAGUGAAGACUCCUCUUUAACCUGGUAUCUUGUCGUAUAUAUUAAAUCUUUUGUUCAGAAACAAAUCGUAAAGUAGAAGACCCAUUUUACCACACCAGGGCUUUUAUGAACGUUGAAUGGUAAAGUACCUAUCCCCCGUAAAUUUUUUUGAACUCGCUGUGUGGCAUGUUGCAAGGAAGAAAAUCCAUAUCUUGGAGAUAGAGCUGGCAAGAUUUAACAUCACAUAGAUGGCCAGUGGCAUAGAAAAUGAACAACAUAAUUCUUAUGCAGUCUAUAUGAAGCUUCCAGUUUCCCAUGCACUCUGCCUCAAAGAAAUGUGCAAAGUAUAACUUUAUUUCGAAGUUUUUCCCUUGUAAACCUUAUGUGAAAUAAAUAGAAAUGCAUUUCUAGGAAUUUACAAUUUCUUUGUUUCUCUUGCAUUAUUAAUUUAAUAUUGAGAGGAAAACAAAGAAACCUAAUGAAAGAGCAAUCUUGAUUCAACAAUCUCAUCUGCAUAGCAUUUUUACAAAAAGAGUGGUUUAAGGGUAAUUGAAUGGGAUGGGAGGGCAAAAUGCACAUUUUUACAUUUUGGCAAACAUGUGUCCUCUACUUUUGGGCUUGUGUCGAAACUAUAUUUAGAGCAAAAAAACACAGAUGAACUAGUGCAAUAUUCAAUACAUUUCCUUGUCCCUGUACCCUUUAUCCGUAUAGUGCAUCCCGUUUUGGAGAAAAUCUGUAAACAUGCAGAAAGCUACCUUCCAAAGGGGUUUUCCCUUACAGAGGGGAACUCUUCGAUAUUUGUUUUCUGACUCUUGAGGAGUCUUUCUGCCAGAUAUAAAAAGCAUUAAGUUUUUUCCCUAAAAAUGCUAAUUUGCCUGGACUACUACUGCAUGCACACUUGGUAAUAAAAUUAACAGUUUUAGCUUUGUCAGCCAGUCACACAACUAUAUGACUCCCACUAGUCCAUUCUUAUUACCAAGGUCCUGGCACACCAUUAUGUUGACUACCUUAACCACAAACUAUGCCUGCCUUCCAUUGAUAAAUUUCUGUAGCAUUAGAAAUGGCAUUCCACGCCCUUAGAAACACGUGUUCCAAGGUGCAUUAGCGUUUGCACUGAUGACUGACAAGUUCCAUCAAGAUUCAUUCACUCGCAGCAAUAAUGUAAUAGGAAAAGGUGUCAUUCAGAUUUGUUAGUGACAAACUUUUAUAUGUGAAAAUCCAUAUGGGAUGAAAAUAUGCAAUUAUUUUACCUUUGGGAAACAUGUAUGAUAUUGUUUAAUAUUUCCAAGUCUGUAAAAAGUGAGCUAUUGAUUAAUAUUUAAGACAAUAAAGAAUAUUUUCCAUUUAAAAUAA